CGGAAAAGUAUUUCACAUGGGAUGCUGCUGUGCCUGAUGUCAACUGCAACCUCCAAGGAUACUAUCCAAAAGUGAGAGUGAAGGAAACGCCAUGGUGCCCUGUUUACAAUAGCACUGAAAGCGUUGUUAUCUCGCUCGUCUGCAACAAUUGUAGAUUAUGAACACAGCGGCAUGUUACUGUAGGUCGAUUGCUUGGCGCUAUUUAAAUAGUUAUUCCGCUCGCAGGUCUUUGCUGCCUAUCACGUGUAGCGUCAACACUGGCGUACCCACACCCAAUCUAGGAGUUAAACAUUUUCAUCUGAGAAUGGCCUCGAACUCACAAGGCAACACGAAUAAAGCAGGCAAAAAGCAGAAGCCGCCUAAAGACACUUUGAGGCACAUAAGGACGAAAAACAACCGAAAGUUCACCGAUAACCAUGGAGCAGCCACGGUGUACGUCCAAGUUGUAGGCGCUGGUAGCAGGGAUAACGACCCAUCGCUGUAUGUGUUUUCGGAAUACAACAGGUAUCUCUUCAACUGUGGAGAGGGAACACAGCGUCUGAUGCAAGAACACAAGCUGAAGGUUGCACACUUGGAUAAUGUAUUCAUAACCAGGAUGAGCUGGAAAAAUGUUGGAGGCCUAUGUGGGUUGAUAUUGACACUAAAAGACACAGGUGUACCUAAAUGUGUUCUGUGUGGACCUCCUCAGCUUAACAAGUACGUCAACGCUAUGAAGACUUUCUCUGGACCACUGGAGGAAAUUAAGUUGUCUGUGAGACCAUACACUGAAGCACAGCACUCGGAUGAGACCAUGGUUAUCACUCAAGUCCCAAUAUUCGCUGAGGGCAAAGAGGGAAGCCCGAGGCGGUCCAACUCCAGACACAGCAGCCCCUCCAGGAGCCCCAGUCCCAAACAGCAGCUGAGGGACAUGUGGAGGUCGGAUGAAUGUGACGGUGGUGCAGAAGAUGGCAAGGAUAACCGAUCCGGGAGACAGCAUUCCACGAGAGACCCCUCCUUGAUUGUGGCCUACAUCUGUAAGCUCCAUCCAAAGAAGGGAAACUUUUUGGUGGCCAAAGCCAAAGCACUUGGUUUACCAGUGGGUACCUCUGCUAUUGGGCCCAUCGUUACCGCUUUGAAAUCUGGACAGACUGUGACCUAUGAGGGAAAAGAGAUCCAUCCUGAUGACGUCUGCACUCCCACUGACCCUGGGUCGGCCUUCUUGGUGGUAGAUUGUCCUUCUGAAGAGUUUGUCCAGCCUCUCUGCAGUAACCCGCAGCUUCAGAGGUAUCAGACAGGAGGCUCAGAGGAACCUGCAGUGCUGGUGGUUCACAUGACCCCGGAGUCUGUCCUGAAAACUGACAAGUACCAGGAGUGGAUGGAGAGGUUUCCGUCCAGUACCGAGCAUCUGGUCAUGAACGAACAGGCCUGCACGGUGCACAACGCCCGCAGCCACAAGAUCCAGGCCCAGCUCAAUCUCAUCCACCCUGACAUCUUCCCCGAACUCAAGGCCUACAAAACUAAGGAACCGCAGGCUGCUCUGCACGUGCCCAAUGUGAGGUCCGAGUGCCUGCUCAAGUUCCAGCUUCGACCCAAACUAGAGUGGCAAAGAGAUGCCAUCCCGGUGUGUGACAGGGAAGAGUUUGUGAGGGAGGCAGGAGAGGUUCCUGGUUUCCUGAAGGAAGUGGAGGAGUGCAAGCGGCAUCUGGCCACUGACUCUGAGGUGCAGCUGGCCAAAGUGGACAAGUACCCAGAGGUGGUGUUUCUGGGAACGGGGUCAGCACUUCCGAUGAAGCUGAGGAACGUGAGUGGAACGCUGGUCAAUAUCAGUCCUACCCAGUCUCUUCUGCUUGACUGUGGGGAGGGGACGUUUGGCCAGCUGUGUCGUCACUAUGGUGAUCGUGUUGACGAGGUUCUCACAAGGCUCUCCACCAUCUUUGUCUCCCAUCUGCAUGCGGACCACCACACAGGACUUUUAAAAUUGUUGCUGGAAAGGGAACGUGCAAUUAACAGCCUGGGUAAAUCCUUUACGCCACUUUACCUGGUGGCCCCGUCGCCCAUCAUGACGUGGCUCAACCAGUACCAUGACCACUGCCAGCAGAUCCUCAGCCACAUCAAUAUCAUCCCGGCCAAGGUGCUCUGUGAGGGCGCUGAGAUGCCCAAAUACAAAACCAAGACCUUCCUUCAGGCCGUGCUGAAGAAGAACGAUCUAACACGGUUCCAGACAUGUCUAGUGCGGCACUGCAAGAAUGCCUUCGCCUGCAGCCUUACGCACCAGUCCGGCUGGCAGGUGGUCUUCUCAGGAGACACCAUGCCCUGCAAUGACCUGGCUCGCAUGGGGACCAACGCCACCCUGCUCAUCCACGAGGCCACGCUGGAGGACGGCAUGGAGGAAGAGGCCGCCGAGAAGAGGCACAGCACGACCUCCCAGGCUAUUGAGAUUGGCAUGAAGAUGAAUGCGGAGUUCAUCAUGCUGAACCACUUCAGCCAGAGGUACGCCAAGAUCCCAUACUUCAGCGCCGACGCCAACGAGAAAGUGGGGAUUGCUUACGACCACAUGAGGAUUCGCUUUGGAGACUUCCAGGUCCUUCCCAGACUCAUCCCUCCUCUGAAGGCCCUGUUUGCAGAAGACCUGGAAGAGAUGGAGGAGAGGAGGGGCAAGCGGGAGAGGAAGAACUUGGCUCAGGAGUCUAACAAUGGAGGAGACAAGGGAACCCCCUCACCACCACCACCACCAUCAGCAGCACCAUCAGCAGCACCAGGGGUGGAGGCUGCAGGCCGAGGGGCAAAACGUGAGCAGGAGGAGGAGCUCACUGAGGAGGCCACCAGCAAGAGACUGAAGGCCAACUAAACCAGACUGAAAGUAUCUAGGGAAUUAAUUUGAUGAGAUGGUAUGGACAUUCUUUUUUGGACUUUUGUUGUGAGUGUGGGCCUGGUCGAAGACUUUUUUAUUAGUUUGGAUAUGAGACAAUAUUUUUUCCCCCUUUUAUUUUAGAUUGAGAUCCAGAGAUCCAUUGCUGUGGAUGAAAACUAAUUUAUUUGCUUGCUCUCUCCCCCCCCACCCCCCACCCCACCUUUUCCUGUCAUAUAUUGUACAUAAAAGAAAAUCUUAAAAUGAACUACAUAAUUUCGCCAUAUCUGAGAGCAAUAAAUGAUCAGAUCAAGGAAUGUGUGAAUCCCA